AUGAACGACGAGGGGCAGCAACGGCAGUAUGACCCCACCAAGAUAUGGACGACGCUGCUGACCAACCGCGCAUACUUCGGUGGCUUGCUGGUACUAAACCACUCGCUGCGCAAGUCCGGCAGUCGGUAUCAGCUCAAGGUCAUGGUGACGCGGAAUGUCGAGGCCGACGAAGAAUACAUGCGUGCCUUUGCCGCCGCCGGCAUCCCCACCAUUGUCGUUGACAAGAUCGAGCCCGCCCCGCGUGAUGGCAAAGUGAACCGCGGGACUUGGGAGAAGCUGGCGCCGUGGUCAUUCACCGAGUACGAGCGCGUUGUGCUCCUCGAUAGCGACCAGAUUAUCCUCCAAAAUAUCGACUACAUGAUGGAAGUCGAACUUCCAGAUGGCUGGAUCGCAAGCACUCACGCUUGCACUUGUAACCCUCGUAAGCUUGCGCAUUAUAGCAAGGAUUGGAUACCCAAGAACUGCGCCUUCACCGCGGCAAACCAAACCACAGGCGAACCAGCACCUAUCACAGAGUCGAGUCCCAACAACCACCAUCUACUUAACAGCGGUACGGUCGUGUUGCGGCCCUCUAUGCAGCAAUAUAAUGCCUUGAUCGACGCCAUGAACACACACCCCGACGUACCUAACAUGUUAUUCUUCGAUCAGGAUCUACUCGCUAUCGUCUACCGGGGCAAGUGGAAGCCGCUACCCUACUCGUAUAACGCCCUUAAGCCCAUGCGCGACUGUCAUGCGUCCUUGUGGCGAGAUGAGGACGUGAAGAUCUUACAUUAUAUCCUCAAUAAGCCUUGGAAGAGCCGCACCUACAAUAACGACCGCAUCGAGAGCACACAUAAGCUCUGGUGGGACGAGUAUGCCGUCAUCGAAAAGGAAUGGGCUCUCAGCCCCAAUGAAGAGAUACGCGACCUGUGGAAGAAUGUGGUCGUGCCUGUUGUUGCUCAGGAAUAA